AUGGCAAGCUUCGGAAUGCUUGUGGAGUUCCGCGUCGCGUACACCGGGUCACGGGCGACCGUGACUUUGGUUUACAGAGACGCGGACUCCAGAAAGAAGACAAGAAGAGGAGGAAGGAGGAAGGAACGUGCGCCAGGGGCGGCUCAGGAGGGAACAAAGCGGGCGGCUCAACCGCCAGCGGCGGUCCCGUCUGCGUUGCCGCCCCCCACUACAACUUCGCCGAAGAGGAGGACGAUGCCACCAGCGGAGACCACCUUGGACGCUACGGCAGGCCUACUGAACACCGCCAUGGCUCAGUCGCCGCCACCGCCUCCUGCGUCGACUUCCACGCCUGCUCCGGUGCAGCGGUCAACUUUACCGACCGCUCCCGUUGAGCAGGCAAGGGACCCUGUUGUUGUUGCGGCGGCGAAGCGCAAGGCCACUACACCUGCCAUCCAGCCAGACACGGACAAGCCGCCGAGCCGACAAUGUACCCCCCCCCCCUCCCCCCAGCCCAGCCGGAAGACGCAUGGAAGCUUCAAGUCAAGAAGAUCAAGCCAGCGUUCCGGCAUUGCGAGCAGGGGGACACCACCGACCCCGGCAAGCUGA